AUGAAUAGUAUUGAUUAUGACAAAAAUAAUAAAACAAAAUUAUGUUACAGUAUAUCGAAGUCUAAAAAUAAUGAAAACUCUUGCUUUUUAAAUUCCAAUAAUAAUAAUUUAAAAAGAGAAAUUAACAAUGAAUCUUUUAAUCUGCAUUUUGAGAGUGAUGGAAAUGAAAUAAAAUCAAAAAGGAAAAAUAUAAAAAAUGAAUUAUUACUUGAAUAUGAAUUAAAUACAGAAAUUAUUAAAAAUUUUGUUGAUAUAGAUGAUAAAAACAUACCAUAUGUUAAUAUUAAUUAUAAAAACCAUAUAAACAGUAAAAAUAUUCUUCUAAUUAUAGAUUUUUUUGUUUAUAAUUUAUUUUUUCAUUUAAAAAAUAUUGGCAAAAAUAUCAAUAAUUUUUAUUUAUCUUUCAAUAAUAUUAUUUAUCCUUUUCAUUUCAAUUUUUAUAAUAAUAUUUGUGAAAAUUGUAUUUUAAAAAAUAAUAAAAAUGGCAUAUGCAAAGAAAAUAACAACACUAUUUUUACUGUGUUGAACGAAAAAAAUUAUGAACAAGCAAGAAAUAAAAAACCUAAGGAAAAUUUUGCACACAAUUUUAACAAAAGAGAUAAAGGUGAAAAUGAAUUUUUACCAAAUAUUUUAAAAGUAUGGUGCGAACGAAUAAAAUAUACAAUAAAUAUUUAUAAUAAUAAUAAAAAAAAUUAUAAAAUAAAAAAAUAUUUUUUGAAAGAUAAUGAAAUAGAUUAUUUUGAUGGCAAAUGUAUUUGUGAAAAGAAAAGUAGAUAUAGCAUAAAUGAAUGUUUAAAUGCAUUAAAAGAUAUAAUUUUUAAUAAUGAAGAAUCUAAUUCAUUUAAAAAUGUUUAUUUUUUCCCAAAAGAAAAACAUUUUUUAACUAAUAAUAAUAUAUUAAAACAUAAUAAUUCAAAAAAGGACAUAACAAAAUCACUAAAAGAAGAAAGUGACUUCUCUAAGAAUUCAUGUAAGGAAAUAAAAAUAAAUAGUGUAAAUUCUUAUUUAUCGGAACACUGUGAACAUUAUUCAAAAUUAUAUGAUGAUAACAUUACUGAUUUGUAUAUAAUUAAUUACAUAAAGUGUAAAAUCGAAGAUUAUUUUAAAAAUGUUGAAGUAAAAAAAUUCUGGGAUAUAGUAAAUGUAAAAUAUUUAACAGAAUUUGACUAUAAAAACUCAUAUAAAAAGAUGAAUGAAAAAGAAAGAAGUAAUUCCAAUAAAAUAUGCUAUGAAUCUAUUUACGAUUAUAUUCAAAUUAUAAAAAAAAAUAAAGCUAAAAAGGACAUUAAGGACAAAGAAAUAACAGAAAUUAAUAAAAGUAUUAAAAAAGAAAUGAUAAAUAGUAAUGAUAAUUUUAAAAAGGAAAGUUUAGAUAAAGAAUUCAUAUUUAAAGAUUUAUUCAAUAAUACUAUUAAAAAUUACAACGUUAAUGAAGUUCAAAUUUAUUUGAGUAGUUAUGAUAACAUAUUCUUAAAAUCAAUAACCCGUUUUUAUCUUUUGUUAAAUUUUUCAGUAGAAUUAUUAUCUAUACUUUAUGAAGAUAUAGAUUUAUAUUCCGUUCAUAUUUUUUCCUUGUAUGAAAAGAUAAAUGAAUAUACAUAUAAUGAAGAAUGUAAAAUAGGAAUGAACGUUUAUGAAAAAAAAGAAAAUAAAAGUAAUCUUAAAAAUAAUCACAGUUUUAAAAAAAAUACUAUUAGAUACAACAAUACAACAAACAAUUCUUCCAAAAAGAGUAAACUAUAUAACAAAAAUGCUAACAUGUAUUAUGUAGACAAUUCUGAUAAAAAUGAUAAAACAACUUCUAAUACAUUUUUAAAAUAUAAUAAAGCAGAUAAAUUAAAUUAUUAUAGUUAUGAUGGCAAUAAUAGUAAAAAUAUUAUAAAUGAAACUAGUUGUAUAAAUGGCAUUUAUAAAAGUUGCGAUAUAAAAUAUAGUAAUUACAAAAAUUGUAUAAAAUCAAAUUUUCCAGCAUAUAUAAUCUACAAUUAUUAUUCUUUUUCAGAAAAAAAAUUGGAUACGAUAGUAUUUGAUUUACUAAAGUUAUUAUUGAAAAGAAAAUAUGAUAAACCAACAAAUGAUAAAAAUAAUAUUUUAAACUAUUUGAAGUUAUUAAAAUAUAAAGAAAUAUUAAAAGAAAUAAGAAGUCUAAUUAAAUAUAUAAUAAAAAAAAAAAAAAAUGUAAAACCUGUUAUUAAUUAUUUAUUAGGUAUAUAUAAUAAAUAUAACGAUAAAAUAAAGGGAUUAAAUUGUAGGAAAAUUACUAAUUCAAAAUAUCUAAAUAUUCUCAAAAAAAAUUUUCUUUUAUAUUCAUUAAAUUUUUACUCAUUUGAAUUUUUUUCAAAUAAAGAUUUGUAUGCAGAUAUAAAAAAAAGUAGUCUACCAAAAAAUAAAAAAAAUAAACGGAAAUUAAAAAUUCCUGGAAAAAUUAAUAAAAAAAUUAUAAUUGAGAAAUUUAAAACUUCUCUUAAAAUUUUUGAUUUUAAUAAAAUAUGUUCAAAAAAAAUAUUUAACUAUGAAUGUAAUAGCAUUCAUAAAUCAAACAAAACAAAUAUAAAAAUAAAAAUAAAUAAAAAAUUAUUCAUUAAGAAGAAAAGAAUGAGAUAUUUAAGAAAAUUGAGAUAUUAUGUAUAUUCUUAUUUUUCAUCAAUUAAUUUAUGCUUUGAUUCAAACGAAAAAACAUAUUUCAUUUUUGAAAAUGUUGAAGAUAUUUUUCAUAAUAUAUAUAAGAAUGGUAUCUUAAAAACAUUAAAUAAAAUAAAAAUAAAAGAGAAAGUUUUAGAAAUUAUAAAAAAUAAAAACACUAUUUAUAAAAAGGUGGUAAGAAAAAUGAAAGAAAAAAACAAAACAGUAGAAAAGAAUAAAUUAAAAGACUAUGGAAAAUAUUAUAAGACCUUUGUAGAUUUAUUAAAAAUUAUUAAAGAUCAAGAUGAACACAUUUUGAAUAAUUUAUUUAAUAUGAUAGAUAAUAUUAAUGAACAAUUAAAUUUAUUUUAUACCAAUAUAUGUCAUUGUAUUCCCUUACAGAAUUCAGAAAAAAUAAAUAUAAAAAAUUUAAUGAACCAAAAGAUUGAAUUAUUAAAAGAAGAUAUUAAUUUCAAUUAUCAUUCUGAGACUAAUUUAUUUCAUUUAGAUGAAAACAGUUAUCACUAUGAUUUGGAACAGAAAAAUUUUAAUAAUAAUAUUAAAACAGAAUUUAAGGGUAGUUUAAAAAAUAUUUUUUUGAAUAAAAAUAAUAAACAAAUAAUGAAUCAAACAUAUGAAAAUUUUAAUUACUUUAGUGAAGUAAAUACUAAGAAUGAUGUGCAUAUAAAUAAUAAAACGGAUGAAAUAAAUAAUACUCAAAAUAAUAAUAAUAAUAUAAAAAAUGAAGAUUAUGAUUUACAUAUUAAUAAUAUUUUAUACAAUGAAAGUUCAAUUAAUAGCAUUCAUAAUAUGCAUAAUAAUUACGUUAAAAAAAACAGUAGCAAUUUUAGUUAUAAUAAUUUGCAUAAUCAAAAUAUUAAACCUUGCUCAUGUGAUUGUAAUUUUAUAAAUUUAGAGAAUAAAAAUUCCACCUUAUUUCACAAUAAUAAAAAUUAUUUUCACAAAAAAAAAGGCUUUAAUUCUAAUUUAUUUCCUAAUUCAAAUGAUAAAAAAUUCAAGAGGUGUGUAAAAUGCAAUUCUAUGUUAGAUAAAAAUAUAUUAGAAAAAAAAAAAAAAAUGUUUUACAAUUUUUUUAAUUUAAAAAAGUAUUAUAAAAAGAAGAAAAAAAAAAUAAAUUAUUUAACUUACGAUUUAAGUAUCUUAAAAGAGUAUUUUUAUGUAUAUUUAAAAAAAUAUUUUGAUGAUAUUAUUAUUUUAUUUGAAUAUUUUUUUUCUCAUUCUAAUAACUAUUUUUGCAUUGAUACUAAUUUAAAUAAUUCUUUUGUAAGAAAAAAUAGUGAAAAUAGUUGUAAAGUUAAAAAUGAAGAAUUAAUUUAUCAUAUUUUUGCCUUAUCAAAUUAUGAUAAUUUUAAUAAUGAUAACGAAAAUAUCCUUGAUUAUUCAGACGUAAAAAAUAGUAUUUCUAUAAAGGAUUAUAAUAAUUAUGUAUUAAUUAAGAAUUUAAAAUUGUUUGUUAAGAAUGACAUAAUACAAUUUAUUAGUAGAAGUAUUAAUUUAAUAAAUAACAAUGUAAGUUUAAAAAUAGGGAAUAUAAAAAAAGCAUUUAAUGUGAUAUUUAGACUAUUAAAAAUAUAUAAUUGUAAUAAUGAGAUAUUUAUAUUCAAAAUAUUGUUCAGUUUAAUUUUAAAGUAUGGUAAAUACUGUAAAAAAAAAAUAGUUAAAAAAAAUACUUCGAUUAAAUUAUCUGGAAAUUUGAAUGAAUAUGAAAUUGAAAAUGAUUUUUUAUAUGACAAAAAAAAAAAGAAAUUUUUUGAAAAAUUUGGUAUACAUGAUAUGAGUGUAUCUAAAGAUAUUAUUUCAUUAUUAAAAUAUAUUGUACUAUGUAAUAAGGACAAAGAAUGCACAAAUGAAGACAUUUUUGAUGGGCAUACUGAUAAUAUAAAUACGAAUAAUUCAUAUGGAAAUGGUAUAAAUAACUAUCUUUAUAAUUUAUCAAGCUAUAACGAAGAAUAUACUUUAAAAAAUAUUUUACAUAAACUAAUAAGAAAAAAAAAAAAAAUGUUACAUUAUGGAAACAAAAUAAAAAAUAAAGCAUCAAUGAGCAAUGAAGAACAAUAUUUAGAUCAUUUGUCAAAUAUAUAUGAAAUUAUUUAUCCUAAUAAUUUAAAAAAUUAUGAAAAUACUAAAUUAUUUAUUACAAUAGAGAAAAAAAGAAAAAUAAAUAGAAAAAGAAAAUUAGUAUGUGAAGAUGACUUAGUAGAAAGCAAUAUUGAUGAUAAAAACAUAAAAACUAAAAUAAAAAAAGUAAAAAAAACUGUUAUUAAAUUUAUAGAUGAUAAUAAAUAUGUAUUCCCCUAUAUAUUUAACACGUUUGAUUCUAAAUUAAGUCAUAAUUUUGAUUAUGAUAUCAUCAAUUUAAAUAGUAACUUCAAAUUUUUUCAUUAUAUAAAUAGAAAUGAAUACUCCUUUAAAAAUUCAAUUUUGAAUUAUAUAUAUGGAUAUCCUCUAUUGUACAUACAAAAAAAUGAUGAUAUAAAUAAUUCUUUUAUUAAUAAUAGUAAUUUAGAAGGCAUAUUAUCUAAUAAAAAUGAUAAAGAAAUAAAACAAAGUAAUAAUAGAAAUAAUUGUCAUGAUAUUAACUAUAAUGAUAACAACAAUAGUAGUAGUAGUGUUAAAAUAAAUCUUAACAAUAAAAUCAAUUGUUUUAAAAACUGUUCUAAAGAUAUAGAAACAUUGAAUUGCAAAAUAUCAAAGACUAAUAACAAAAUAGAUAAUGAAACUAAAUCAAAUUCUAAUAGUAUGUUUAAAAUAUAUAACAAAAAAAAUAUUAAUGGAAAUAAUGAGUCUACAGAAAUUUCUGGCAACAUUUAUGAAAAUAUAAAAAACAAAGAGAAUGAUGCAAAUAUUAAGAAACAUUUUAUCAAAGAAUUUAGAAGAAAUAAAAGAAGAGAAUUGAUAAACAUUUUUAAAAAUUUGAAUAUUUCAAACAAUAUUCCUUUAAAAUAUAUUCAUCUCUGCGUCAUUGCCGAUAUUUUUAAAUAUUUAAAUUUGCAUCAUAUCUUGAGAAGUAUUUUUAAAAAGUUAUAUGAAGAAAAGUUAAAAGAAAUUCAAGAAAAAUUUGAUUCAAAUAAUAAGCAUUAUUUACCAAAAAUAUUAAUUUUCUUUUUAUUAUAUUUUUAUUCAUUUUUAGAUAUAGUAUAUGGAAUAAGAGAUGGUAAUUUUAUUAACAUGAAUAAUAACGACAAUUACAAUAUUUUUAAUAAUUUUAAUAAUAUGAUAUUAAAAAAAAAAAAGAAAAGAAAAGAAAAUAAUGAUGCUCCUAAUGAAGCUCAAAAAAAAAGUUUUAUAUACUUAAAUAAUAAAUUUAGUAAAAAAAAUAAUUACUUAUGGAUAUUAAAAAAAAAAGAAAAAAACGAUUUAAGUUCAUAUGUUGAUAAAAUUUAUUUAACCUUAAAAAAAAAAAAAGGAAGUGGAAAAAAUAAAUUUUGUUCUAAUUUUACUACCUUUUUAAAUUAUUAUUUAGAUUACAACUUUUCUUUUUUAAAUAAUAUUAAAAACUUUGAUGAAAACAAAAAUAAAAAUUAUUUAUUUGUUUAUAAUGAUAAUAAUGAUAAUGAUAGUAUUUAUGAAAAUUCUGAGGGAAUAAUGAAUGAAUCAUUAGACAUAAAUAAUAAUGAUACUUUGCUAUAUAAAUAUUUCAAUAUAAGUAUUCAUAAUAUUAAAGAAAAUAUAAACUAUAAAAAAUCAUCACUAUAUUUAUCGAGUAUUAAUUUUUUAUAUUUUUCGCAAUAUAAUGAAAAAAACUUAACAUUUCAUAAAAAUUAUGAAUUAAUAGAAAAAAAAGAUGAAAAUGAAGUUAUAUAUAACUCAAAUGAUUCUACAAGUUUAUCGAAAAGGAUAGAGUUUAUUCAUGAUAUAUUGAGAAAAUAUUUAAAAGAAUUAUUAGAAAAAAAAAAACAUUGUAUUAUAGGGGCAUUAACAAAUUUUAAAAAUUGUAAAAAAGGAUUAGAAGAUAUAAAAUUUAUAUACCAUCUAAUAUAUUUAUUAAAUUAUGGGAACAAACAGAAUAAUUCAGAUUUUGUAUUAUAUAAGAAUUUAUAUUAUUUACUAAUAGAAAAAUUAUACAAUGAAAAGUUAAAUAAAAAUUUAGACAGUGAAAAAUUAGUUUACUUUAUUUUAAAUUUAGUUAAGAUGACAAGAAUAGUAAAAGUGAGAAGCAGUAAAAUGGAAAAAUUAUUUAAACUACUUCAAAAAUAUUCAGAAAAAUUUAGUGAUUUUCAUUUUAAUAUUUUUGAUAGAAUUUUCCUUUUCAUAUAUGAAGAUGCAAAAAUAGAAAAUAAGAUAUUUUUAAAAAGCUAUUUUAAUAAAUAUUUUAAUGAUACAAAAAUUAUUUUACAUAUAUUUGAUCACAUUUUGAAUUCUUCAAAAUAUAGAAAAAAAUUAUUAUUACAAAAAGAUAAAAAUGAAGAAAUCGAAGAUAUUGAUAUUAAUAACAGUAAUUCCUAUUCAUCAAUUACACAAAAAAGGAAUAUUUCAAGUGAGCGCAAAUGUAAUUUAAAAAUCGCUGCUAAUAAGAAUAAUAAGAAUUAUAAUUACAAUUAUAAUAAAAUUACUAAGUAUGAAAAUCCAUUUUCAUUAGGUAACUUCUUUCGAAUAAAUAAUAAAAGCAAAGAAACGAAUUUAAAAAAAGAGAGAUCUUCAAAUAUAAAUCAAGAAGCUAUUAAAAAUAUAUUUCUAAAAUAUAAAAAUAUAUAUUCUAGUGACAGUAACUCUAGUGAUAAUAACUUAUUUAAGAUUAAACAUAUAAGAAAUGUGAACUAUAUGAGAUAUGUAAAUGAAAGAGUGAAAUACAUUUAUAAUAAAAUUAAUAAGAAUAAAUGGAAUAAAAAUAAAAUAAAUGAUAAAUAUGAAGAAAAUAAAAAAAUGUAUAGUAAAAGAAAUAAAAUCACGGAAAAAAAUACUUUUAUUAAUAGCAAAAAUUACCAUAGUAAUAACAAUAUCAUAAAUGAUCAUAAUAAUAAAAAUCAGAAUAUCAAUUAUAAUACAAGUUUAUUUUAUGAAUAUGAUAAUAAUAAUAAUAAUAAUAAUAUUAGUACACAUUAUAGUUAUGAUAAAAGGAAGGAAAGAAAAUCUUCAAAAUUUUUAAACGAUGAAAUAGGAAAUAACCCAGUAAAUAAAAUAAAAAAUUUGCCUAAUUAUAAUUUUAUUAAUGAAAAUGAAAAAAUAAAAUUGAAAAUUCCAAAUAAGAAAAUAAAAUAUUAUAAUUUGAACAUAAAAAAACACAUAGAAGAUUAUAGUUCUGAUGAGUUUUUUGAUUUUGUAAAUAUACAUAUGUAUUUUGAAAAAAAUAUGAAAAAAAAGAAUGAUAAAAAAAAUAAUACAAAUUUCAAUAAAAUUUAUUUUGAUGAUAAUAGUAGUGCCAGUUAUUAUAAUUCUAGCUCAAAUGAUGAUUACAACAAAGAUAAUAAUAAAAAGAAAAUUUUUUUUUAUAUAAAUGAUACUAAUACUAUGAAUUGUGAUAAAUUCUUUUCUCUUUUAAGUAAUAGUGAUAUAAAAAAUUUUAAAAAAAAUGAAGAUGAUAAUUAUGAUGAAAAAAAUGAAAUUGAUCUUUUAUAUAGUACUCAAAGUGGAGAAUUGGAUAAUAAUAGUAAUAAUAAAAAUUAUAAAAAUCUCGUUAAUUUUAAUUACGAUAAUUCAUUUUGUUUUAUAAAAUAUAAGCCUUAUCUUCAGUUUAAUAAUAAAAGCAACAUAGAGAAAAAAAAACAAAGAGAAAAAGAAAAAAAUAAAAUAAAUAAGAGAGAAAUAAUGUGCAUACCUUUAUAUAUUAGUAUUGUUGGUGGUAUAGAUGUAUUUUUGCAUAAAUUUAAUAGUUAUAUUUGUGAUACUUAUAUGAAUCCAUAUUUUUAUAUAAAUACAUUCUAUUUUGAGAAAUAUAUUAGAAAAAAAUACAAAAAAUAUAAGAAUUAUGAUAAUUAUUUAAUAUAUGAUUAUUAUUAUUACAAUUACAUAUUUUGCAAUAAAUUCAGCAGUUAUUAUAGUUAUAAAGCAAUAAAAAAUAAAAAAAUAAGAGCUAAUACCUAUAUUAAAUUUUUUAAUUGCAAUAUUGAUACUAUGUUAAAUAACAAUGCUAGUUCAAAUAAAGAAAAUAUUGAUUUAAAUGAAAAUGAGAAAAUAAAGGAGGAUAAUUAUUUAAUCUUAAAUGGGAAUAUUCCCUCUGAAAAAAAUUGUUCAAAUGGACUUGUGAAAGAUAAUAAAAAAGUUAAUAAUAUAAAAUUCGAUGAAGUAAUUAUAAAAAAGGAAGGAGAAAAUUCAACUGUUCAGAAUAUAAAAAAAAAAAAAGAAAUAGAAAAAAAUAAAUUUAAUAUUGCUGAUAAUUCAAAAAAUAAUUUUGACAAAAGCAUUAAUGUAGAUUUAUAUAAUUAUGAAAAAAAGACAAGUAGUGAAAAUAAUAAAAAAUGUAUGACUAUCAAUGAUUUGAAAAAAGGAUUUGAUCAUAUAAAUACUUAUAAAAGUCAUAGUAAUUUUUUUUCUGAAGAAUACGAAGAUAAUUUUUUUUAUACUGAUAAUAAUUUGACAUCAGAUGAUGAUGAAUACAGAAAAAGUAAAAAAGAUAUAAAUGAUAUUUAUAUAUUAAAAAGAGAUUUAUUUAUUAUUGAUUAUCUACAUAAUUAUUUCAACUUUUCUAUACUUACAAGAAUGAAAAAUAUUAUUGAAGAUAUGCUUCAUAAUUAUAAUUUAAAUUUACCUUAUAUAAAUAAAUAUAUAAAAAUAAAUGAUACAGAAGAAAUGUGGAUGUAUGAUGAAAGCAUUAAAAAUGAGAAAAAUAAAAAAGAAAACAAAAGUUUGAUUAAUAAAGAAGGAAAUGAAAAUUCACAUCAUAUAUAUUCUAAAAGCUCUAUUUUUAUAGAAAAGGAAAUUUCUAUGAAAAUAUCAAAAGAUGUAAUACAUGAAGAAGAUGAAAAAAGAAAAAAGAAAAAUGCCAAUAAAAACUACGAAGAAAAUGAAUUAGAGCUAUAUGAUGAUAAUUUUAAUUUAUCCAAGAAAGAUAGUAGUAAGAAUAUAUUUUAUAAUUCAUUAAUAAAAGAAGAAUUUAUAAGUAAAAAAAUUCAAAUAUCGAUUACAGUUUUAAAUUUGGAAUACUGGAAACUGGAAAAUUUAAAAGAGGAUGAUCAAAUUGUAAAGAAUUUGAUACCUGAUUCAGUACAAAUGUAUUUUGACUCAAUUAAUGAUAUAUAUCAAAAAAAAAAUGGAGAUAAAUAUCUAAUUUUUAUAUAUGAUUUAUGCUAUAUAGAUUUAAACAUUAAUGAUCUUAUUUACACAGUUAAAUUAUCUGAAGGUCUAUUAUUUUUAUUUUUAAGUAACCUAGAAAAUCAUACAAUUGAUAUUUAUAAGAAUAAUUUAUUUUAUAAUGAUAUGAAAACUAACAGUAAUAUAUACAAUUAUGAUUAUAUGUUUAUUUCAUCAAAUUAUAAACAUAAGGAUAAUAAGACGGUUCAUAUGAUUGUCAACGAUAACAUAAUUUUAUAUGAUUUUCACAUAAUUAAAAGUUCGAAAAAUUUAUUUAAUGUUAAGAAAAAAAAAUAUAUUAAAAAAGAACCAUUCGAAGAAAUAAUAAAGAAGGAAAGAGAAAGACAAGAAGAAGAAAAAAAAAACAAUAAUGUUAUUAAUUGCAACAAUAAAAUUAUAUUUGACAAUAAAAAAGGCAAUAAUGCUGUAUUAAAAUAUGAAUCAAAAACAGAAGAAAGGAAUUCAAAAAAAGAAGGAAUAAAUAACCCAAAAAUUGAACAUUAUUUAGUAAAAUUCACAAAUCAUAAUACGAAUAAUGAAAAUAAUAAUAGUAUUAAAAAUAAUGAAAUAGAAAAGAAACACAAUUUGGCAGGAGUUCAAAAUAUGGUAUUAAAAAAAAAUGAAUACUUGAAUGAAGAUUUUAAAAAAGAGAAAAGUUUUUAUGAUAUGAGUAAAAAUACUUUCAGUAAUACUAAUCAGAAUAAUAUAAACACAUUAAAUAAACAAAUAUCAAAAGAGAACUUUUAUUAUAAAUUGAAUUUUUUAAAAGAAAUUGAAGAAAAAGAAAUUGAAAAAAUAGCGAAUAAUAAAAAUAUUAAUGAUAUAUAUGUAAAGUUGUUUUUUACUGAAGAAUAUUUAAUUCAAAAAACAAAUAUUUCAGAAAAAUUCAUAAAAGAAGCUUUAAAGAAAUUAACUCGUAAAAAAUUUUUACAGAAAAGCACACUUAAAAUUAUGAAUAAAAAAAAUAAUAAAACAAUGCAAUUUAACGUCUAUUCUAUUGCAAAUUUUGAUAAUCUUGAUGAUGAUGAAAAUAAGAAUAAAAACGAAAAAAUGAAUAAAUCUACUCCUUUUUUUAAAUCAGAAAAUGAGUUUGCAAAUAAAAUUUCCAUUUCAUCAAAAAACAGUCAAGGUAAUUUUCUUUCAGAGAAAAAACAAAAAUUAAAUAAAAAUAGUAUAGUUAUUAAUUAUAGUAAUAGUAAUAAAAAACAUGUAUUAAGUGAAAAUCACGCUACAGAUGUAUAUAAGAACAAUGUUCAACCUAAUAUUAUUAAUGAACAAAGAUACAUGUAUAAUAAUGAAUUUAAUUCACAAAAAAAAGAGAAAGGAAAUAACGAACUUCAUAUUAAUAGCUUAAUAAGUAAUAGUAUACAUGGUUUUAUCAGUAGUACUCUAUAUGAUAAUAGUAAAAAUAGUAAUAGUAAUAAAAAAAAUAACAGUAGUAGUAAUGAUCAUAAUAAUAAUAAUGAUAGUAAUUAUAAUAAUAAUUAUUAUUAUAUUGAUGAUGAUAAUAAUAAUAAUAAUAGUAAAGAUUAUAAUAACAAUAAUAAUAAUAAUAAUAAUAAUAGUAAAGAUUAUAAUAAUAAUAAUAAUAAUAAUAGUAAUAAUAAUAAUAGUAAAGAUUAUAAUAAUAAUAAUAAGGAUUAUAAUAAUAAUAUCAUUAAUGAUAAUAAUAAUAAUAAUAAUAGUAAGGAUUAUAAUAAUAAUGAUUAUAAUAAUAAUAACGAUAACAGUAGUCAUAACAGUUAUUUAAAUUAUUCUAAUCGUUUAAUUGGCAAUAGUAUGACAGAUAAUGUUGAAAAAAAUAAAUAUGAAAAAAAAAAAAUUAAUAGAGUAUCUAAAAAGAACAAACGAAUUAAUAAAAGUGUAAAUGAAAAAGUGAAUGCAAAUAAUUUAUUAUUAUAUAUUAAUAAUACAAAUAUUAAUCAAAAUAAUGCAAAUAAAGAUUCAUUAGUAAAUGAAGAUGAAAAAUUAAAUGAGAAAAAUAUCAAUUUAAACUUUAGUAGUAAUAUUAAUGAACCAGUUGAUUAUUUCCUGGAUACGGUUGUAACUGAAAGCGAUGAAGAAAAGGAAAUUAAAAGAAGGAGAACAUUUGAUAAUUUAAAUUUAGAAGAAUCCUAUGAAUUUUAUGAAAAAGAGAUUUUAAGAAUAACAACAGAAAGAAUGAACAAAAUGAAAUCUGAACCAGGAAAAAAUACAUCCACUCCUUUAUUUUUAAUUUUAAAUAGUUUAAAUAAAAUACUAGUAGAAAAAAAAUUAAAAAAGGUUACACAACAAAAUGUCUUAGCAAUUUUAAACAUUAUGUUAAAAAAAAAUAAAAUUACGAGAAUUGGAGGUAAUUGGCAACCAACCUAA